AUGUUUCGCAUGGAUGCGGACACAUUGAAGAGUUUGGCUUUAGAGUUGGAAACGAUGUACAAGUUGAAACCGUCUAGAAGGAUGAGUGUUAUUGAGAAAGUAGGCAUGUUUCUCUACACUUUAGCUCCAGGUGUUUCAAAUAAGGACGUGCGGGAGCGUUUUCAGCAUUCAGGUGAAACAGUUCCCAGAAAUUUCAAAGAGGUUCUUCGUUCUGUGUGCUUGCUAGCAGCUGAUUUCAUCAGACCAGUAGAUCCGCAAUUCACAACAACACCAUUGGAAAUUGAAAUGAAUCCGAGAUACAUGCCCUAUUUCGAGGGAAGUAUUAUCUCGUUGAUUCGGGAUAUCCAAAUGAAUACGGUUACUUGGGUCCAUAUAGAGGGGAGAGAUAUCAUCUUCCAGAAUUUCAUCGACGAACAACCGCGAAGUCGGGAGGAACUAUUCAACCGAGUCCAUUCAUCAUUACGAUGUGUUAUUGAACGUACAUUUAGAGUUUGGAAGAAAAGAUGGCGAAUCUUGCAAACCAUGCUUGAGUUUCCUUACAAAUCACAUGUUAAAAUUGUUGUCGCAUCAAUGGCGUUGCACAACUAUAUUCGACGGAAGUCGGGCCAAGAUGUUGCAUUCAACAAGUUUGAUAGCCAUCCUGAUUUCGUUCCUCCAGAUACUUUUCCCGAUGUCGUUCCACAAUCACAAACAACUGGACACCAGAGUGCGUCGCGUAUGGAUUAUAUUCGUGAUGGCAUUGCAAAUAGUUUGAUGGGGCAAUAA